CGUUUCUCUCUCUGUCUCUAUCUAUCCGGGCCAGGAUCCGGGGACUGUCUGUGGUUGCGGACAGCUUCAGACUUCCCCGCCUUUCCUUUUCAGGCCUCAGGGCUGGCUGAGUAGCUGGCUUCCCACUUGGCGCCCCACUUCCAUGUCUCAGCUGAAGAAUGUGGAAGCCAGGAUCCUCCAGUGUCUCCAGAACAAGUUCCUGGCCCGUUAUGUAUCCCUCCCAAACCAGAACAAGAUCUGGACAGUGACUGUGAGCCCAGAGCAAAAGGACCGCACCCCUCUGGUGAUGGUACAUGGCUUUGGGGGUGGUGUGGGCCUCUGGAUCCUCAACAUGGAUUCCCUGAGUGCCCGCCGCACACUCCAUACCUUUGAUCUGCUUGGUUUUGGGCGAAGCUCGAGGCCAACAUUCCCAAGGGACCCAGAAGGAGCUGAAGAUGAGUUCGUGACCUCAAUAGAGACAUGGCGGGAGACCAUGGGCAUCCCCACCAUGAUCCUGCUGGGGCACAGUCUGGGAGGAUUCCUGGCCACUUCCUACUCCAUCAAGUACCCUGAAAGAGUUAAGCACCUUAUUCUGGUGGACCCAUGGGGCUUUCCCCUACGACCGACUGACCCCAGUGAGAUCCGAGCUCCUCCAACCUGGGUCAAGGCUGUGGCAUCUGUCCUUGGGCGUUCCAAUCCACUGGCUGUUCUUCGAGUGGCAGGGCCUUGGGGGCCUGGGCUGGUGCAGAGAUUCCGUCCAGACUUCAAGCGCAAGUUUGCAGACUUCUUUGAGGACGAUACCAUCUCAGAAUAUAUCUACCACUGUAAUGCACAGAAUCCCAGUGGAGAAACAGCAUUCAAAGCAAUGAUGGAGUCCUUCGGCUGGGCCCGGCGCCCCAUGUUGGAACGAAUUCACUUAAUUCGAAAAGAUGUGCCCAUCACCAUGAUCUAUGGGGCCAACACCUGGAUAGACACCAGCACAGGGAAAAAGGUGAAGAUGCAGAGGCCGGAUUCCUAUGUCCGAGACAUGGAGAUCGAGGGUGCAUCCCACCACGUCUAUGCUGACCAGCCACACAUCUUCAAUGCUGUGGUGGAAGAGAUCUGUAACUCCGUGGACUGAGCUGCUCUGAGAGGGAGAAAGCCAGAGUUGCUGUCAUCUGUCUCUCUGUCUUAGUCAGAACCUCUGUCCUUUCCUCACCAACUAACAUGUGCCAGCCAGGCAGUCUCGGGCUGUCCCCUAGGUAGGACCACAGUGAAAAAGAGCACUUCUCAUCCCAUGCUGAGGGCAAGGGGCAGAAUCCACCAGAGGCCUUGAACUCCCUACUCUGGGGAAGAGCAUAAAGGGUUGCCUAGUGCCACCCAUUUUCUUCACACCAAGUGUUACCAGGUAGUGAUUGUGAGGAGAUCGUGCAAGCCAUGCCAUCUCCCUGCAUGGCCUUCCCCUCCUGGGUAGAGGAGGGCUCCCAGCAGCCUUUCUAGUUUGGGAAUGUGUCUAAGAGUAGGUUCCGUACAGGAACAUCUUUCUUCUCCAUCACUCCAUGCCUCCAUCCAAACUCAGUCCCUGCCUUCCCACCAGGAACAGCUCUCUUCACCUGCACAACCCCUGCCCGACCUUGGAGGUCAUAUCCCACGCUCUUAUUGGCAGGUGAGGAAAGAGACCGAAUCGCUGUGUGUGAAGACUUCCGCCAGCACUUGAGGCUGUAGCCCAAGUCUACUGCCUUCCAGCGUGUGGCGCAAGCCUUGUGCACAGACACCACUGCUGUGAGCUGCUUUAAAACUAACCUUGCUCCAUAUUCUAAUCUGUUAUGCAGGUACACUAUUAUCUUGUCCUGUGUCUCAAUCCUGGUUGCCUAAAUUGGGACCUUUCCCUUGUUCCUCCCACUGUGAGGCUCUAAGCCUCAUCUGUGCCUUGGGCCCUAAAGCCCCAUGUGUGGUAUAGAGCAAAGGUGGCUGCUGGUAAAGAAGGGGAAAGACCCUUCUACCCUGGGGUCAUGCCUGGGUUCACAAAGUCCACAAGGAGCUGCAGCUUUUCCUACCUGGCCCCAGAGCUAAGAACCCCUUCCCAUGGCUCCCUGAGGAGCUUUAAGCCAGCAGUUCUGUCCUUAUCAGCCACAAAACACUUAAUCACUGCCUGACACCCUAUGCCUCUCAUCUAUCAUCAUGGUCUCCGACUCAAUCUGCUUCAAAGUUACCCAUCAGCCCUCUCCAGUGGAUCUCAUUCCAGGUCCUGCUCUAAGAUCUGGGUACUAGGCUGGGCCUGACCCCAGAAGCCGGGCAGUUCCUGCCUGCUCCUUCAUUUUAUAAAGCCAACCCUUUCACCAGAAUAGUAUUAACUCCUGGUGCUUUGUACUACUGGUCCAGCUGCCUCAGGCUCCUUUUCUAUAUUAAUAAAGGAGAGUAAAAACUGUUGGUGAA